AUGCUUGCUGAGGACGACUCGAGGUGUCGGUCGGGAGAGACACGAGUGGUUGUGGGGCAGAGCCGUGGCAGUGUAUUGAGGGCGCUUCCCCAUCGCCCAGCCGCGCCCCACAGCAGAUGGGCGUGGCGGUGUGUGACGCCGGCGGAGAGCCGGAAACCGCACGGCUGCGAGGGGAGCGCCAGUUGGAGUGAGCGGCGCGGACUGCAGCACGCGCUACGCCCCUCACGCGCCACCUGGGGCACCCCGUCCCCGCUCCUGCUACUACCAGCGCUUCUGGCGCUGCUGACUCUGACCCCCGCGCUCGCUGCCCCGCUUGGCGGCGUGCGGACGGGCAGGCUUGUGCGAGCGGAGUCCCAGUGGGAGGGGUGGCGGCACGCUAAAGGAGGGGCGGUGGGGCAUGGUGCGGGGGUGCGCAAGCGCCUGUACGUUCUUCCCGCCGAGUCCAACGCGCCCCGACCGCACGCCACGGCAACAGCGGCUCCCCCGGCCCUUGCUGCCGCAUCCCCUGCAGCCCCCGCGACCAACAACAGCGGCGCAUCUUCCGCUCCCACCAGGCCUGAUAGUGGCGGCACGGGUGUGGGCUCAGGAGCAGCAGGAGCGGCAGAGGCGGCUGCGAUCCCGGAUGACAGGGCGAGCUUGCUGCCAUGUCCCAUGGUCACCAGCGCCACGCAGGGGGGAAGCGAGGGGAGUGGAGGGCUUGGCGGCGUGCUGAGUCUGCUGAGGGUGGUGCAGGCAGGCGAUGGCGGCGGGGACGAGGGGGAGGAGGCGGCAGGGCAGCGCGGCAGCCUAUCGCGCGUGGAUCCAAUGGAUGGGUUCAGGCGCUACCGAGGCCCGUACAACGUCACCGACGUGCACUACUGGGCGUCUGCAGCGUUUACUGGGUGGUGGGCGGCAGCAGUUGGCGUUAUCCUGUGCCUCGCCGGGAUUGUGCUGGUCGGCCUUAUGCUCUGCUUCCGCCGACCACUAAGUUGCUGCCACGAGGCAACUUCAAGGAAGGGUGCAAGGGCACGUGUAGCAGCAGCAGCAGCAGCAGCAGCAGAGGGCGCUACGGAGGCAGAGAGGGUGUCAGGAAGAGGAACGGAAAGGGGGCAAUUGACCAGAGGGCGGGCAGGCAGAGGCGAGCAGUUAGCGGUGCCAUGUGGUGCAGCUGCAGGGGCAGGUAUCGCCGAGGCCACGGGUGGGAGGCUGGAGGCAUGCGUGCAGGGCCACAAACCCAUGGCAGGCAGCCCGGGUGCUCACUGGCCCCAUGUUGACAUGUGCACAUCCCCCACUGCAGCAUCACCUGUGGCAGCACGGGUGAGCGCACCAGACAUGGGCGACAGUAUCACCAGAUCCGCCUCCUCCUCCCUCUCCUCCUUCUCCUCCUUCUCCUCCCCUCGUACCUCCUCCGCUUCCUCAGCCACCCGCCCCUCCGUCUCCUCCUCCCUCUCCUCCUCAUCUGCUUCUUCCUCCGCGCCUUUCCUGUCUCUAUCCACCGCUGCUUCUGCUCCAAUCGGCCUUCGCCAUGUGGCGUCUGAGCUGUCAGUCCCUUGGGAGGGGGAGGAGUGUGAGGCAUGGGGGCAGGAGGAGAAGAAGCCUUGUCAACGGGGGGCGGAGGAGGGGAUUAGCAAUAUGAGCGGCAGCAACAGUGUGGCAACGGCACCAAGGGGAACAGGGGCAAGUCGGGAAGCAGGAGGGGUGGGCGCAGAGGGAAGGGAGAAGACGCGGUGGGGGCGAGCGGUGCGAUUGGGGUGGCAGGUGGUGCGGUGGGUGUUGCUUGCUGCGAGCCUGCUGUUGGCCAUGGCGGCGGUGGGUGUGGCGCUGUACGCGAGUGCAUCGUUCCGCCCCAUAGCCGUGCACACCAGGGACACUGUCAUCAGCAGCAUUGCUGCUGCCAUCAAUAAGCUGGACCACAUGUCGGGCACGCUGACAGCAGCGUACGCGGUGUUCAACCGCACUCUCUCCGACCCCUCACUGCUGCUGCCUGCUCAGCCGCCACCACCGCAGGUGCAGGCGCAGCAGAAGCAGCAGAUGGGCUCUGCAUGGGCAGCACCCGAGAGUGGCGGCGGCGCUUCAGGGAGCAGCGUGCAGGCAGGCAACGCUGGUGGUGCAGGCAGCAGCAGCAGUGGUCCGUGUGGUAGCAGCAGCGGCGGCAAUGGCACAGCAGGGGGGUCGCAGCAAGGCUGGGGGAACGCAGUGGGGCGAGUGGGUGGUGAGGGCAGCGGCAACGACAGCAGCAUGGACGCGGCGUCAAUACUGGUGUUUGCUCGGCGUGCUCUGGUGUCCGUGCACACACUGCAGCGGCAGGCACACGAGCUGGAGGGCACGGUGGAGCGCGUGGCACAAAGGGCCUUCUCCAUCACCACCACCACUCUCAUAUCGCUCAUGGCUGCUUCCUGCCUGCUGCUGCUGCUCACCGCUAUCUCCGCUCUUGUGUCGUGCAGUGGCAGGCGGCAGUACCUGGCUGUGCACCUCCUGAGCAUGGCGGUGCUGCUCGCGCUGCUGCUCGUCGCGUGGCUCCUCGCGGCCGUCUUCUCCUCUGCGCGUGUCAUGCUGCGCGACUCCUGCGCCGAGAUGGCUCUCUACGCCGCCACCCCCGCCGCCUCCACCCUCACGCCGCUGCUGCCCUGCAUCAACCCGCGCGCGGCGCGCAUCGCGCGGGUGAACGCGGCGCGCGGCGCGAACCAGCUGGUGGGGUUCGCGAACGCGCAGAUCGAGAGCGGCAACGCGGCGCUGGGCGGGCUCUCCCGCAUGCUGCGCUCCGCCGGGCUCCUGGAGACCAGCGCUCCGGGGGGAGGCGAUGCCAGUGGCGCGGAUGGUGGCGGCACGGCUGUGGCGAGCAGCGCGGUGGAAGGGGCAGGGGGGGCUGCGCGCGCAGGGGGGCUGAGAGGGCGAGGGUCGAGCAUGGGCAUGGUUAGCAGCAGCAGCGUCACAGAGGCGGGUUCCGGAGGAGGGAAUAGUGAAGCUGCUGUGCCUGACGCAGUGGCACACACAGAGCAGAGCAGCACCGCCUUGAACCCUGGCGGCAGCAGCAACAACAGCAGCAGUGGUGGGGAUCGUGUGAUUCCGCUGCUGUGCCCGGUGUUCAACGAGAGCAGCAACCUCGCUCCCGCUGUGUGCCCUGCCGGAUACGGUUCCGUGCGCUCCUUUGAACAGGACUACGCCGCAUACCACUGUGAGUCAGAGAACCCUGUUGUCUGUGUGCGGCGAGGCACGCCCAUCCCCAACUCCUCCUACCACCUGCUUGCCGACGCUGCUGCUGCCACGGCAAGUGUGGCGGACCUGGUGCCCGACAUGUACGACCUGGCCACGUGUCAAUUCCUCGUUGACCUAUUCCAGGACCUCUCCUCCAGCCCGCAAGGCUGCUAUGGAGCCAAGAGCAAGGUGCAAUUGGAGUGGGUGGCGUUUAUUCUGUUCGGGGUCGCUCUCGCCAUGCUGGUGCUGGCGU